CCAACAAUCUGUACCUCGCAACCUGACAAAGCAUUGUCGAUGUACUUUAGGUAAUCUUGGCACCAGCUGCAUCAACUGACUAUGGAGAAGUCACCGGGGAAACUAGGCCGCAUUGUGCUGGUCCCAUGUCCAGCCCAGGGCCACCUAAGUCCAAUCCUCCAGCUAGGAGCAGUCCUCCACUCUCAGUAUGGCCUCUCAAUCACUGUUGUCCACACGAACUUCAACUUCCCGAAGAAUCAGCCCCCACCCUUCCGCUUUAUCUCCAUGCCUGAUCACCUAUCCGAUGAGGACAUCUCCUCCAACGACUUCAUCAAUGUCAUGUCUAAGCUCAAUAUCAACUGCAAGGUCCCAUUCAGGGACGUGUUGGGGAAUCUUGUUCAGCAGGCCGGGGGUGAAGAAGCGGGUGUUGCCUGCGUUAUCUAUGACGGGGUCAUGCACUUUCCAGAGGAAGUUGCAAGAGAGCUGGGGAUCCAGAGCAUGGUGUUUCGGACGCUGUGUGCGGGCAACAUCAGGAUCUACAAGGAGUAUCCUCGACUUGUAAAAGAGGGCUACAUACCUGUCCAUGAGUCGAAAUCACUCGAUGACGUCCCAGGACUUCACCCUCUCAGAUUGAAGGAUCUUCCUGUCUACAAGCUGAAAGGGUACGAAGGUUUACUUAGAUUACUCGAGAAAGCAUGCGAGACAGGAUCCUCAUCCACAAUAAUAAUCAACACCACGGAAGCCCUCGAUCGGGAAGCAUUGAUGGAACUCCAGAAACAGCACCAUAUCCCAGUUCUCGCCGUGGGCCCGCUGCACAAGAUUGCCCCGCCAGUCUCAAGCAGCCUAUUAGAGGAAGAUGGCAAUUGCAUAAGAUGGCUUGACAAACAAGCAAAGAAUUCGGUCUUAUACGUGAGUAUUGGGAGCAUAGCAUCUGUUGACGAGAAAGAGCUCAUAGAAAUGGCUUGGGGACUGGCCAACAGCAAGCAGCCCUUCUUGUGGGUUAUCCGUCCCGGUUCAGUAUGUGGCUCGGAGUGGACUGAACUUCUUCCUGAAGGGUUCAACGAGAGCAUAAGAGAAAGGGGUCUCAUCAUAAAAUGGGCCCCACAGAAGGAAGUCCUAGCUCAUGAGUCAACCGGAGGGUUCUGGAGCCACUGUGGGUGGAACUCGACACUGGAGAGCAUCUCCGAAGGGGUACCAAUGAUCUGCACCCCAAGCUUUGGGGACCAGAGAGUGAACACGCGUUACCUAUGCCAUGUGUGGAAGGUCGGGAUUGUGGUGGAGAACAUGGAAAGGAAGGAAAUAGAUAAAGCAGUGAGGAAGCUUAUGGUGGGUGAGGAAGGGGAGAUGGUAAGGCAGAGGAUGAUGGAGCUGAAAACGAGAGUUGAUUGUAGCAUCAAAGAGGGCGGUUCAUCCGACAAUUCCUUGCAUGAACUAGUGAAUCUUAUUCCAUCAGUUUGAAUGCAUUGACAGAAUAGAAAUAGAAAUUUGAGCGUUAAGGAAAUCAAAACAUUAUUAUUCGAAUCUUUGAAUCUAAACGUGUUGGAUCAAAUAUUCACCAGCGCACGACUAUUUGCUGUAUUUCGAUCUUUUCUUCCAACGACCGUAUACUUAGACUCGUAUAAUUUGGUUAAUGAAGUGGCAGAGCAGAUCAUCUCAUUCCAAUAUGAAGGAAAUGCAUCAAAUUGAGAGCAUUAAUCUUUCAAAUUGGAAGCUAAAGUUGCUACA